GUCAAAAAGUAAGCAAUAGAAAUCACAAGUGCAAACUGCACAAAGCUACGCUCGUGCCAUGCCACGUAGAGAGCACUACUCCAAAACCUUUCCCUGUCGACCCGGAGCCUCAAUCAGGUGCGUAUCGGUGCACGGAGUCCAAAAGCUCCCGAACUCCCACGCACCACAUCAUCACACUCACACAUGACGCAGCUCUUAUUGUCCGCUCUCGCACGGCACCGACUUCACACUCUCAACUCUCUAUCUAUAUUCCACUUCCUCUCUAGCACCUGUCUCUCUCUCUCUCUCUCUUUUCGAUGGCACAGGCCGAGCUGCAGGGAAGGCAGAGGAAGACACCGGAAUCACCUGAGAAGUACGAUGUGCUGGGGGAGGAGAUGGAUAGGCAUAGAAAGAGGAGGAAGAGGAGGAAGCGAGGGAGAGAAGAAAUGGUUGAAGAUGUGGAAGAGAAGAAAGAGGAAGAAGAAGAAGAAGAAGAAGAAGAAGAAGGGGUUCUGCGAAGGGACCCAUUGGAGGUGUUUGGUACGGACAUAAUGUUAAAGAUACUGAGUAAUCUCGACGCACGCAGCGUGGCACUGUCUCUCCUAGUCUCCCGUGGCUGGCACGCGGUUGCCUCCAGCGACCGCAUCUGGAGCGCCAAGUUGGAGGAACUGUGGCUUGGGAAAGCACACAUACCUCGCCUGUCACAAAUCCGGGGAUUAUCCAAAUUGGCCGCUUAUUCAUUAGCUGUCAUGGAUGGCAAGCGUACCCGUAUCAUGAAGGAUGAUUUGUGUGAUCAUGUUUGGGAGUUUCAUUUUAACAAGGGGGCGCCAGAAUAUUGGAGAAAUCUUGAUCCUUUUUGGAAGGGCACUGGCCCUCCCAUGCGCCGGUACUUCCAUCCAGAUGGGAGCCAAAGUGCAGAUCCCGGUGACAAGGUAUGGGGCGGUCAUGAAUGCUGUUACUUGACAUUCACUAGUAUUGUUGGUGAAGGUAAAAUCAGGGAGCACUAUGUAAGGAUCAAUCGAUGGCCAAGAUUGUCUGUGUCUCGGAAGCAGGAUUGGAGCUGGGAAUUGUCAAACCAUCUUUAUUCCUACUCGAGCAUCCCUGAUGCUGACAAGGAAGGUGGGACUGGGCCGCUUUAUGGAGUUGUGUAAAUUUAUAGAUAAAAUUAAGUUGUAGGGUUUGCUAGAUAUCUGCCAACGAGUGUAUAUAUAUCAUAAGGCGUUUGUAGUGUUGUGCGAGUUAUAGACGAAUGAGUGCAUAUGUUGUUUGUGCAGAGCGAAUAAACAAUACCAUUGUAAAUUUUUCUUCUGUUGUGACCCAAACAGCAGCCAAGUUACAGCUUGCUUGGAUAUCCUUAAUAUAACUUACUUUUUCCAUUUAA